GCCUCGUCACAUCAUGUCUGCCAGUGUGAUGGCAAUUACCAUUUUCAGUAUGUGGGCCGCACACUACACUCCAGAGGCCGCGUCAGCUCACAAGCCUGUUCCAGAGCUCCCGUCUGGUCUCGAGUCUGCUCCAGAGGUCACGCCUGCUCACAAGUCAGCUCCUGAGGCCACGUCAGCUCACAAGCCUGCUCUAGAGCUUCCGUCUGGUCUCAAGUCUGCUCCAGAGGUCACGUCUGCUCACAGGCCAGCUCCAGAGGCUACGUCUGGUCACAAGCCUGCUCCAGAGCUCCCGUCUGGUCACAAGCCUGCUCCAGAGCUCCCGUCUGGUCACUGGCCUGUUCCAGAGCUCCCCUCGGUCGGAGAAGCCGCGCCAAUACCUCCUGAGGUGUCAGCUUCGGCUGUGGAUCCUCCCUUGGAGGUGGCGUCCCCUUACAAGCUCUCUGCUUCUCCCCCUAUUCUGUCUACCUCCUCUGUCCCUGUUCUCCCCAGGUCCCAGACCAUGACGCAGGCUCCUGUUCCGCCCCGGAGGGCUGCAGCGCCUCCUGUUCCGCCUCCUGUUCCGCCCUGGGGGGCUGCUGCGCCCUCUCCCCCUAUUCUGUCUGCCUCCUCUGUCCCUGCUUUCCCCAGGUCCCAGACAGUGACGCAGAUUCCUGUUUCGCCCCAGAGGGCUGUUCCGCCCUGGAGGAGUCCUGCUCCGCCUCCAGUUCCGCCCUGGAGGAGUCCUGCUCCGCCUCCAGUUCCGCCCUGGAGGAAUCCUGCUCCACCUCCGGUUCCGCCGUGGAGGAGUCCUGCUCCGCCUCCGGUUCCGCCCUGGAGGAAUCCUGCUCCACCUCCGGUUCCGCCGUGGAGGAGUCCUGCUCCACCUCCAGUGCCGCCCCGGAGGACUGCUCUACCUUCAGCUCCGCCCUGGAGUACGCCUGUGCCUCAUGCUCCGCCCCCGGCUCCGUCCUGGAGGGCCUUGGUGCUGCCGGUCCUGCCUCAAUCACCGGGUCCUCCGCAGGGACCUGGUCCUCCAGCCCUCGCCCUGUCUCGCUCCCGCCCCACCGCUCCCCUGGACUGUUACUCUGUUGGAGCGUCUGGAAGCCGCUCCUUGGGGGGGGGCUAUGUCACGAAUCUGGUCUGUGUCCCGUUGUCCACCAACCACCAGAUGUCACUCUCGCAUCACUUACGCACUCUGACUGUCACUAUACAUCUCGGACUGCAUCUCCCAUCCUCCACUGCUCUUAUUGCGUCAGUCCCCGUGACCAAUCAGGCGCCCUAUAAAAACCCCGCUCCUUUUCAGUGCACUUCACGGUUGGUUGUAUUAUCCUGUUGUUGUUAUCGUUAGCGUUUCCUAGUUUCCUCGUUCCUGGUUCCUGGUUUUGUUCUCUCGCCUGGUUUCUCGUUUGGACUGUCUAGCCACCUGCCUUUUGGACUUUUGCUCACGUUUAUUGGAUUACUCUCUCUCCCUCUGCCUUUGAUAUUCCUGUCUGCUCCCGUCUCGACCCAGCCUGUACGACCAUGUCUUUGUCUCGCGAUUUAAAUAAAAGUUUGCAUAUGGAUCCGCUCGCCUC